AUGAAGCCUCCGCCAUGACUUCCGGUCAUCGUCGACUCUGCCGCUGCUCUCUCACCUUCUUAUCGUCGGCCACUCAAACCACCCCGCGACGCGCAUCUGCCCCUGAGUUUCAUCAUCUCUCGACAGCAGGGACAGUGCAAUGGCACUGAGAAAGAAACUGUGCCAAGAUAUGAAUCUAAUGGAUCCACUAAACACAAUAUGCUGGAGACACUUCAGCUCAAAAGUGGAUCUCAAGAAGCUGAGGCCUAUGAUAUUGAAGAGAAUAGAAAAUCGAGCUAAGGACUAUCCACUUCCUAGAAUGAUUCCGGUAGCGCAAGAGGUCCUCAAUGCCAGAGCUAUCCUUUAUCAAGGCAUCUCCACCCUUCUCAAAAUCUUCCCAAUUUCUGCCUGCAAGUUCUGUCCAGAAGUGCAUAUUGGUGAGAAAGGUCACUUAAUUAAAACUUGUUGGGGUUACAGGCGCCGCACUAAGAAUCACGUUCAUGAAUGGAUCAGUGGUGGUUUGAAUGACAUACUUGUCCCAGUAGAAACAUAUCACCUGGAGAACAAGUUCCAAGGUAUAAUUAAACACCACCAAAGAUUUGAUUUUGAACGGGUUCCUGCUGUUGUUGAGCUAUGCUGGCAGGCGGGGGCUUAUAUGCAUGAAGACAGUUUGAAUAGUGGUGCAUUGAUUACUAAUGGUGUCUUUGGUGGUACCGAUGUUCAUAAGAUUGAGUCUUUGUCACCCAAUGAUUUGAAUUUGAUUGCAAAUGGAACGUUGAGGGCAUGGGAGACCCUUAGAUUUGGGGUUCAGAAGUUGUUAAUGGUCUAUCCAGCAAAGGUUUGUAAAUAUUGUUCUGAAGUUCAUGUUGGCCCAUCAGGCCACAAAGCACGCCUUUGUGGAGUAUUUAAAUAUGAGAGUUGGCGUGGUGCACAUUUCUGGAAAAAGGCAGAGGUUGAUGACUUAGUCCCUCCUAAGAUUGUGUGGCGAUGGCGACCACAGGAUCCAGCACUACUUUUGGAUGAAGGGCGUGAUUAUUAUGGACAUGCACCAGCAGUGGUGGAUCUUUGUUCGAAGGCUGGUGCUAAUAUUCCAACCAAGUAUUUCUGCAUGAUGAAAGUUGAUGGUUUAUCAGGACCUCUCUGAGUAAAAUUAAGCGUUGUUUGCCAAUUGAGCUACCAGUGACUUGGCAUAGGGUAAUGUAAUUGCAAACCUAUUAACAUCCAGAGGUCAUCUAGAGCAUCUCAGCUGGUGAGAUUCCUUGCUCAAUAUGGUAUGGGCUUAUACAGAUGGUUAACAUCUUAAAAUGCUUCUUUGGCAUGUCUUGUCUUAUUUUAAUUCUUUUGCUAGUAGAGCUAGCAGAGAUGAAUAAUGUACCUGAAUGUUGGAUCUAAUAGUGAAUUGAAGGCAAGUUUUCGA